GGAGGUCCGUGCGCAUUAGCGGUUGGGGAUUUCGCCGGUCCCUUACGGAGUAUAUAUCUCGUAAGUGUUAUCCCGUGGUUCUUUACUCGGUGACGUGCAGUCCGGAGCGAUCGUGCGUGACUAUCGCGAUCUCGUUGUAGUGAUACGACCAGGCGAAGAGAGAGACCGGCAUCCGUCUCUUGGCACACGCGAGAGAGAAGCGCCGGUACGUGACGGAACGACAGAGAGGAUAAAGGGGGAGAGAGAGAGAGAGAGAGAGAGAGAAGGAGAGACGGUCGCGUGUGUUUCCCGUUGGUGAAAGCACGGGGUUGUUUGGCAAAAGUUAUACGCAUCAAAAUAUCGUACGGCUAUAUAAAAGUGAGACCCGGAACGCAAUAACAAGAACGACGAUUCGAGCCGGCAUUUUGACGUUGCUUCACGCCGCUUCUUUUCCCGCGUUUCUCCUCUUUCCGUGUGUGAUGGAUACUGUCGUAAGCGAACCGUGCACGCGACGCCAGCAGACAGAGCGUCGAGCAGCACGAGUGAUGUCGUCGUCGCAGUGAAUUUUUGCGUUCAAUCGCGUAUUUUCUCCGGCGAUGGUACAGCAACGACAACAGCAACAGUAACGACAACGCAAUUUUGUCUUCGACUUUGUGUGUGCGCGCGCGACAAAGAGGGAGAGCGAGAGAGAGAGAGAGAGAGAGAGAGCCAUCCAUCCAUCUUUCGACGUGUUGUGUGCGCGACUUCGCGAGUAUAACGGAAAUCGGCUUGUUCGAUAAUCGUCCGCUCUCUCAUAACCGUCCUUCCACAACCGCGAUCGGAACAGUCGUCCGCGGAGUGAAGACGUUAUCGUCUCGUCGCCGCGUCCUAUCUCGCGUCUACGGUAGAGGGGGAAAACCUCUCAUUGAUGAUACGCACGUGCGCUAACCGCUACCUGCUAUAUUUACGUGCGUACGUGCGUGCGAGUCGUCGCGAGUAGCCGUUACGUAGCGGACGCGUACGCGUACACGUUCACGCAGCGCGUUCCACGGAGUGAAUCGAGUUGAUUUAUUAUCGUGUCGCGAGCGUUACGAGCGAGCGUCGCGCCGGGGCUCGCCGUGUCAGUUUGUCACUUGUUGGUUCGUUGGUUGGGUUGGCCAGUUGGUUGAUUGGAUUUGCUCUUUGCUCGGCGCUUGACCGCCGCGUCCCGUGCGGCACCUGCGAGAGGAGGCCGAAGCGGAGGGAUUUCGUAGUCGCGCGUAGCCAUGGAUACGCUCCUACCGAGCGGUAAUAUAUUUCGAGAGCUGCAGGACAUACACGACACCGGAUAUUUCUCAGCCCAGCCAUCGCUCGAGGAUCACUGGCAACAGACAUGCUACGAGAUGGAGAGGUACCUGAAGGACGAGCCGAAGCUGCAAUCGUAUAAAAAACUCCCCACGGAACUGGACACGGCGCCCUGGAACCUCUUCAGGGCGCCAUCGAUUUCGUGGACGACGUCCACCGGAACAAACGCACAAUUCGACCCCCCAAUCAAAAUGGAGGUGACGACGUCAGACGAGAGGGAUCCCCUCUGUUUGGACGACAUCAAAUUCAGUCCCGGCGAUCAUAAUGACAAUGGCCGUGAUAGGGAUCUUCUCGACCGUCACCUCGAUUCCUUGUCGAUGUCUUCGGCAAGUUCGGCGUGUUCAGCGCUGUCUUGGGACAGCUCACCCUCCCUUUCCUGCACGGCGCUCAUUCUCAAGAAAGAGCCCAGCGAAGACCUCGAGGAGGAUGAAGAACACGAAGAGAUCGAGGAGGAGGAAGAUAGCGGAUGCGAAAGCGAAGGUCAGAUCCUGACGCCGCCGUCGAGUCCUGGGUCGGGUCAAGGUCAUUCCAACUCCAGUCACUCGUCGAGUGGGAGUUCGAUGCCCGACGUGCACAACCUCAACCUUCAUGGCACGGGUGGCAGGAGCGCUAUCGUCAGGGUUACUGCCGGCAACGCGCAAGGUGUCGCAAGACUGAUCUCCGUCACGGCGAACGGCUUCCCCGCGGUCGCUGGCACGCAACACGCACACGCGGGUGCAACCGCGGCCACGACUACCGUGGCCAACAGGCACCACGCAAGGAGCAACGAGCACAGUCCGCCCGACACGAAGCGCAGGAUACACAAAUGCCAGUUCCCCGGAUGCAAGAAAGUGUAUACCAAGAGCUCGCAUCUCAAGGCCCAUCAAAGGACGCACACGGGAGAGAAGCCAUACAAGUGCAGCUGGGUGGGUUGCGAGUGGCGAUUUGCGCGUUCGGACGAAUUGACGCGCCAUUACCGCAAGCACACCGGUGCGAAACCGUUCAAAUGUCGGCAUUGCGACCGAUGCUUCUCCCGCAGCGACCAUCUAGCUCUCCACAUGAAGAGACACGUGUAAUCAAUCGUUUCCGCGAACGGUUCCAACCGCGCGUCACCCGCAGUCGGGAUUAUCGGGACUUGUUCCUCGUGAAAAUCGCGGAAAUCUUUGACAUCUACGCGAGGAUUUAUGCAAUCUAGCAUCUUCCGAGAUCACCUAAUAGCAUGCUGCAAAUAGAGAGAGAGAGAGAGAGAAAGAGAGAGAUUGAUUGUCGAAUGUCUGAAACUUCACGAACAAACAUCAAAGAAAUCUGCAAAGCUAACUGCAUUAGGUGAUCGCAACAAGACAUCAGACUCUAUCAUUGAUGAAAAUUGGUCCUCGAAUAUUACUAUUGAGGAAAUCGAUGAUCCGCGAGACGCUAUUUAGAGGUAAUUUGAAAAUCAUGUCUAAAACGAUCCAAAACAACUGGGAAGAAAAUUUUACCAGCGAUCGGACGGUGUGCUUGAAAACGUCACUUCAUCGAAAUCCAAAGAAUCGCGUGUAUAACGACGUGCGUUUUCAAAGUGUGCUAACGUGUAAGAACGAAAGGUAAAAAAAACGAGCGAUUAUGUUCAUCUUUAAGGGCCAAAGGAAUAGCACAAAGCUUUGGUCCUCGAAUUUCCGUGAAUUCGAGGGGACCGAAGAAUCGCGACGGUCAGCGAUGAUCCAACAAAGAGACUGCAGCCAACGUAAUAUAGGAGGCCUCCGACGAAGGGAAUAGCUGAAUAAAGAGUUGCCCGAGAAGUCUCGCACGAGAGACGUCAAUCACUGCCAAUUCGUUACAUUCUAAGAUCAGCGCUACCGUCGAGGAGUUCAAGCUAUGACUUCGUAAUCGGAGGUCUUCGAAAAUGAGAAACGAGAAGCUGACCGGGAAAAGCCUAAACAAAUUUUCGCCGAGCCUCAAAUCGUUGCCACAGCGCGCAGUAGCGAACGGAUACUCAUUCUCUCGUGAAUGAAAAUUGUAAUAUUGAAUAAAAGAUACGCUCCUACGCCACAAAAAUCGUUUGCCUUUUCCAAAACGAUUGAGUCGACGAUCGUCAUAUUUAUAUCGCAUCGAAAUGAUCCGAGUAUCGUCGAUCGUAUUGCGAGUGUCGUGUCGCACGUAUACUAAAAACUAUAGAGAAAAAAGUAGAUUUCGCGAGGACAAUAAUGCAGAGACUGUUGGUGCCAAAUGUUAUUUCCUUUCUCUUGCUUUUCUUUCAGAAACUUCGCGUAGCUACUCGCGGUUAAAAUCGCGUGCGCGCGCGGCACUCGCGGGACCGUCGACGAUCUCUCGGUAUUAACGGAAUCGCACGCAGCGGAGAGUCGCGAGUAACGGACGCGACGCGUGGUAAUUGAAUACGUGAUUUCGACCAGUUUCGACGGCAACGGGAUUUGCUGCGCCAGGUGCUAAUCCUGAAUUUACAGUGCGAAUUACAACGUGGUCUGUUGCCACUACCAUACAGUACCGCUUGCAACGAAGCUUACGAAUGCGAGAACCAAUUGUUUUGUUUAGAUCUAUACUUUAUGGCUGAUUGUCAUUAAAUGCCGCUUUCAGCUUUCAGGUAAUUAUAGUUAUUUUUAAGUAUUCAUUGUUGACGCUAUCUUUUUUAUUCUUAUGAAAAGAAAUAAUUUUUUCUCGAAAUUUGCAUGCUUUUGGAAAGACUUUUUCUUUCGUGAUCUCUUUUGCUUGUAAUAUUAUGAAAUAUCCUCGAGUAAGGGAAUCAUUUGUCGAAACAAUCAUGAUGAAAAACUUAGCAGAAAAUACAAAUAUAUAUAUUUUUUAAUAUUCUUGUCAUAUAAUCAUUGAAACAAUGUAGAUAAAGAAAUAUAUACGGGCAGUGUAAUCCAUAUAAGAUUUUUGUGCACUUCUUUUUUCACGCAACCGAACAUUCCACGAGUGAUUUCCUAUCUCGCGUAUAAUUGACGGCAUUUUAUCAACUAAGAAACCAGAAGACAUCAUUUUUUAUCAACUAAGAAAUUAGUUAACUAGAUAAUUAAUUUUUCUCGAAACUACGCACUAUCAUCCUCGUUUGGCUUUUUACUAGCUUGGAAAAUUUAUAUUUGUAUUUAUAUUAUUUUGUAUCCGCGAGCGCGUUGUUCUACAAGAUACGAUCAUCAGUAGAAGAUUGUUCGUCUCGCUCGUCAUCGAUCUAAGAGGUCCCGAUAUAACGAUAUGUAAGAUAUAUCGCGCGCAGAAAUCGAAUAUUUCGGCGACGAUGCCGAAAAAGAAAAUACACGAAAAAGAUUGAGAUCAUUGCGACGUGCACUCAUCAAAAAAAAAAAAAAAGAAGAUGUUAACUUCAAGAAGACUAAUUUUACCUGAUGUUAGAGGCAAAAUAGGGAAGAUGAGAAAUGAAGAUAACUAAAUUUUAAAUGUUCAGUGGCCAAAUAAAUUAAUUAAUAUGCACGUAGAACCUAAAGAGUGAGUAAGCCCGACUGACGGAGUGUCGGCACGGUUCGUACGAAUGCAUGUGCAUGCGAGUGUGGCUGUGUUAUGUUUGCGUGAGUCGUCGAUGCGUGCGUGUAUACGUAUCUGCGUGUAAAGGUUGUAUGUACGUGCGUGUGUAUUUUUUUCCACGGAUAUUCCAAACCUGAAAGGUAAGGAAUCCAAAGGAGGAGACGAGCAGAACACUGAGUUUGUAUAUCGUGCAAUUUUUUCAAUGUUUUAUUAUUUGUUACCAUUGUUCACGAUUAAUUAUAAAUAAAUAAAAAUAAAUAAAUAUAUAUAUAUAUAUAUGUAGCACAUUUACAAUUUUAGAAUAUAACGGUCAUGAAGCCAGACGUCUUUUUGAUAGAUAUAUUCGGAUACCGUGGUCGUCGUCGCGUUCGCGACAUCCCCCCUACCCCCCCACCCCCGAUCUUUUUUUCUGACGGGCAAGAUGUAAUUAAAAGUACACAUAGUACAAGAGAAAAGAAAUUACCGCGCGUGAAAGAUGCGAAGUCUCGUCUUUGACCUCGACGGCCUCUCGUUAAAUUCCAUACCGGCCGCUGGAACGAAAGUAACAGAAGAUAAUUGUCGUUACGACUUGUUAGAGCCAGAGUCCACGCAUGUAUAAUUUGCUCUCAGACUCGUGCACCUAGGUUCGUAUUUAGGCGUAGUGGAGAAAGGAUGACGAGAAUUGAUACCGUGAAAGAAAAGACACUAUCCGGACGAAAGAUCUGUAUCGUCAGGACGAGUGUUUCCAAUCGAGGCGACCAACGAGCUCUGUAGAUAUAUGUAUAUCGCUAAGCGAACGGUGCGAACACGUCGUUUUAAAACGAGAUUGAAAAUAAAGGCGCGUGCAAUUGCGUGAGUAAUCGACAAGAAACGGGAAGGGAAGAAAGCGCGAAUACUUUGAAUAAAAAAAGUAGCUAGACGUUUAGAUAGGUAGAUGGAUAGCUAAAUCGUUAGAUAGGCACUUAGAUAGACAGAUAAAUAGAUUGACGAACGGGAAUAGAGCGUGUGCGCCCAAGAGUGCUUGAGACGAAUAGAGAGAGUAUUCUAUAUAUAUAUAUGGUAGGUAGAUGGUUAUACACAUAGGUAGAAAUAUAAGUAUCUAAGAAAACUCUAAGAAACUUUAGGAGAAGCAGUAUCGUUGUACGCGGUACGAUAAUUGAACAUAAGUGUUUUAUGAUACUUGCGUACAAGAAAAACGAGAUGAUUACUAAAGAAUAAAAAAUAAAAGCAUACAUAUAAAAUUAAGUGCUAAUAAAAAAAAAAUUGAAAAACAGUACGAUUAUAACUGUAUUAUCGUGGUCUAAGAUAUUUUCAGUCAUGUUGUAUAAUAAUUGUAAAUUACACGACUUUAAAGAGAAAGAAAGAAUGUGAGAAAAUAAUCUGAAAGAUAGAGAGAGAGAGAGAGAGAGAGAGAGAGAGAGAGAGAAAGGGAGAGAAAAUGAUAGAAAGAGUAAACGUGAAAAGUGUUGCGCGAUUCGUGCUAGAUUAGCUUUACGUGGAAAAAAAAUGAAUCGAAAAAAAGAUCAUUGAUAAAACGAAUGGGCGACAUCGGUCUCGAGUCUCGCAAAAUUUGUAUAAAAAACGUCCCCGGAGAAUUAAAGGCGGAAUGAGCUGAUGGAAUGCGUACUGAGAAAGAUAUGUAAGGAGCUCCCUUUUAAUAAUAAUGUUAAUAAUAAAUAACAAAUACUCGCGGUAACAGGGCACUGCGACGAGCGCGUAGAUGUAACCACGUAAAUUUUGAAGCACUUAUCCCCAUAGGAUCGGAAAGAAAAGGAAUUUGAUGUUAUUAUUAUAUAAAGUUACGAGAAAGAAGAGAUUUGUCGCAAUUCAAGACGUCUGUUAUAAUUUUAUUAGAUGCGAUAAUUUUGAGUAUUUCCUUACCAAUGAUAUUUAUCUUUUUUUACUCUUUCUAUAGCUUUUCUACACGAGAAAGAUUUUUAUUGCCGUUUUAUUUUUAGAAAUUAUAUCUUUUCUUCUAUCGUUUCUAUAUCGAAAAAACGUGAAUUAUAUUAAAUUUCAGUUUAUAAGCCAUUUUUUCUCUUUUACAUGUGUAUCGCGGACGUCAUGUAUUGCCAAAUACGUAUUCAAAAUGCUACACUGAUAACUGAUAGAACUAAUAUUAUUUUUGGGGAAUUUCCUCGUUAGAGAAGAGUUAAAUAGGUAAUGAAAAUGAUUACUAUUAAUACUGAUAUAAGAAUUUUAUGAAAAAAGACUUAAAAAGAGAACAGCGAGAGAGGGAGAUAAGAGAAAGAGAAGUAGAGAAAAAACUUGAGCAAGAAAGAAAAAGAGAGAAAGAGAAUAAUGAUGCAAGUAAAUAUAGAAGCACAAGUGGCAAUAUGUGAAUGAACUUAGAAUGUGUGAAAGUGAGAAAUGGAUGAGAGUAAAAAACGAGAGAGAAAGAGAGACAAGACAUGUGAGAGCGAAAGAUUAACGAGAAAGAUAAAGAUGAUAUAACUUAUAUUUUUAAAAAGUGACCUUUGGCAUUUAAAGACUUGUAAAAAUCGUGCAACGAGUUAAAUAAACAAACAAAAUCAAGGGCGCAGUAUAUUAAGAGGCGUCCGUCCUUUUCCGUGUCUCUAUUUCAUGUACAUGAUGCACAUACACAUACAUAAUAUACACAAACACAUACUACACAUAUUACUCUCGCUCGAUGAAAUACUCGGAUACAGAUGCAACUUAAUUAAUCCUGAGACAUUUUUUCUAAACUGCGAUAUAUUGACAUACCUAUAUUUCUAAAAGUUGUCAAGCGCAUGUACAGAUACACACACAAGAUAACACGAGGCCCGAAA